AUGAGUGAAACGAAUGCCAGCACCGCGCUGGAAACAAAAUUAGUUCAAUUGCAACUGACGACGAAGCGAACGGAUGGAAUCCUAGCAAAAUCCGAAGAAAAACCUAUUACGCGACACCAAGGAACACUAAGAACUGUUGUCCGCGAAAUAGAGACACUACGGCUCAAGGUUGAAGCCGAGAAAUUGAGCAGAAAAGAGGAUACUACCGAGUGGAGCGAGGAAAUUGAUGCCAAAAUCAGCGAGGCAGAUGGUCAUGUAAGACUGACGAAAGACUGGUUGGCGGAAAACAAGAGGAAGCUAGAAGAAAUCGAGAAAGAAGAAAGAAUAAAGUUCGAGGUAAGGCUGCAUGAGACUAAAGUAAAGUUACAAGAGGAACAUAUUGUUAAAAACACCUCGCAGACGAGUAAAACUAUGAUUGGAAUGCAAGCGAAAUUGCCAAAAUUGGUCAUCUCAAAAUUUAGUGGUUCUCCUAUGGAUUGGCCACGCUUUUGGGGACAAUUCUCAGAGAACAUUGAUCAAUCCAAUAUUGCCCCAGUGACUAAGUUCUCUUACCUUUGCGAGUUGUUAGAGCCUAAGGUUCGGCAGACAAUCAAAGCUUUGCCCUUUCACAGCGAGGGAUACAAUCGAGCGAUAAGCAUUCUGAAAGAUAAGUUUGGGAAAGAAUCUGAAAUUGUGAAAAGCUACUCGCGUGAAAUACUCGGGUUGCCCACAAUACAAAGUACUGAUCACAAAAAGAUUCACGAGUUUAGCGAAAAACUGUCGUAUUGCGUUCAAGCUUUGCAAACGUUGAACAAGCUUGAGGGGGUAAAUGGCGCCGUGCCAAUGACACUCGAUAAGCUGCCUUGCAUUCGAGGAGAUUUAGUGCGAACGGAUUCAGAAUGGGAGAGUUGGAACUUCGCUAAACUAGUUGAAGCACUUAACCAGUGGUGUCGAAGAAACCCAAUCGAGAAAGCGCCCGAGCGAAACGACGACUCGUUUCGUGGCAAGAGGAGAGAGAAGCUGUUCCACGUCUCUCGUCAAAGAUUAAAUCCACGUAAUUGCGUCUAUUGCGACAGCGGCGAGCACAAAACGAACGACUGUACUAAAGUACUUCUGACGUCAGCCCGUAAACAGAUACUAGCCAAGAAACGAUUAUGUUUUAAUUGCGCCGCGGGCAAUCACAAAGCCUCUGAGUGCCCGAGUAAAGCCACUUGUAGAAAGUGUGAAAAGAGACAUCACACGUCCAUCUGUGAUUCUCACGACAACAACGAUGACGACCAAGCCUCUCGACAAAAUGCCAACGUCGCCAUGACUACGCGCCAAAAACGCGAAGCGGUGUUCCCUGUGGUAGUCGUGCAAGUCAAUGGAAUUCGAUGCAGAGCUUUGAUAGACUCGGGAGCCGGGAGUUCCUAUGUGUCUGCAAAACUAAUAAACUUGCUCAAAUUACAACCAUCAAAAUCCCUGAUCAAGAACAUUGACAUGUUAAUGGCCUCUAAGUCCACCAAACUCGAGAUAUAUGAUUUGAAAUUCGACUCGCUAGACGCGGGUGUCACCAUAAACGAUGAUGACGUCAAGGAGACUCUGCCCGUCCAUGUCAUUCUGGGGAGCGGGGAGUACUCAAAGAUCAAAACGCAAACCAGACCGAGAAUCGGAGACGAGAAUGAUCCCAUUGCCAAGUUGACCAAGUUCGGUUGGUUUCUGAUGGGCCCUGGGUAUGAGUUUGAAAGCAACAUGAUGUUAAUGACUCAGACCUCCCACGCCGAGUAUGAGGAAUUGUGUCGAUUAGACAUUCUUGGACUCGAGGAUACCUCCCAACACGACCAGUCGGUGGUAUUUGCUGAAUUCAAAGAGCAACUAACUCGAUCUCCUGAGGGAUGGUACGAAACGGCGUUACCAUGGAAACCAAACCAUCCCGCUCUUCCUAGUAACGAACGCGGUAGCCUGAAGCGACUGGGAAGCUUGACUAGAAAACUUCGACGUGAGAACCUGAUGGAGAAAUACGAUGGCAUCAUACAAGAACAACUCGCUGAGGGGGUCAUCGAAAGAGCCCCACCUCCUGUGGUGACCGGAAGUGACCCUGCUCCACCUCCUGUGGUGACCGGAAGUGACCCCGUUCCACCUGCUGUGGUGACCGGAAGUGACCCCGUUCCACCUGCUGUGGUGACCAGAAGUGACCCUGCUCCACCUCCUGUGAUGGCCGGAAGUGACCCUGUUCCACCUCCCGCUGCGAGCGGAAGUGACACAAAGAUAUUCUACAUUCCACACAGAUAUGUGGUGCGCAAGUCAGCCCAGACAACCAAGAUGAGGAUCGUAUACGACGCCUCGGCCCGUGAAACAUCCGACUCCCUGUCCCUGAACGAUUGUCUUUAUGCAGGGCCAGCUUUGCAGAACAAGUUAUGGGACGUUCUGGUACAACAGAGAGCAUUUCCGGUGGUGAUUUCGGGUGACAUCAAAAAAGCCUUCCUACAGGUUCGAGUUCGAGAAUGUGAACGAGACGCUCUCCGCUUCCACUGGAGAUCAAAUGUCGACGAGGAGAUACAAACGUACCGCUUUGCACGAGUGUUAUUCGGCCUUGCGCCUUCGCCAUUUCUACUUGGGGGAGUCCUGGAGUGCCACCUCGACUCGUGGUCCCGAAGAUAUCCGGAAGAAGUGGACCGGUUGCGUCGCAGUUUAUACGUAGACGACAUUUUGUCUGGUGGUCAAAACACCACGGAAGCGAAGCAACGUAAAACCACUGCGAUUGAAAUUAUGGACGAUGGAAAAUUCACACUACACAAAUGGAACUCCAACGUCCCAGAGCUGGAAGACAACCUCAACGAGAGCCGCGACGAACAGUCGUUUGCUAAACAGCAACUGCAAGUGAAGCCAGGCGAGUCGAAGUUGUUAGGUCUAAAAUGGGACAAGACCACAGACACUAUGUCGGUAGAAUUUCCUGCCAGUGCACCGGCGACCACCAAGCGUGAACUCCUUGCAAGUUUAGCAAAGAUCUACGACCCGUUGGGACUCGCAUCACCGAUUACGUUGCAAGGCAAACUAGUGUUUCGUGACGUGUGCGACUCCAAAAUCGGAUGGGAUUCCAAUCUCCCCGAUAAUCUUCAAAAGCGUUGGCUGAAGUUCGAGAAAUCCCUUCCCAAACGAAUAAGUAUUCCACGACCUCUCGCCCCAUUCCAUGAGCCUGUCGUUUCGGCCGAAUUACACGUAUUUGGCGACGCAUCAACUGAGGGAGUGGGCACUGUCGUCUACUCUGUGAUCCGUCAAGCUGGAGGAGUUACAACGUCCCUAGUCGCGGCGAAGUCUCGAUUAGCCAAGAAGAACCUGACGGUACCGAGAUUAGAGUUGGUCAGUGCUCAUAUGUCAGCAAAUCUCGUGACAAACGCUAAAAAUGCCCUGAUAGAGCUUCCUACACCAGCGACGUUCGGCCUCGAAGUGGUUGAAGCAAAUAAGGAACGACGAACGUGUGCAAGGUCUUUUGCAACAGUACGACGUGUCGUGGAAAUUUAA